CUUCGGAAAGGAAUGAAGACGAAAAAAGGUUUGAUGAUGCUGUCGGGGAGCGAGACGGACGACGACGAUGGCGUCGACACGCCUCUGGACUUGUCGUCCAGUGGCGGAGGUGCCGGUAAAAGAAAGCGGCGUGGUAAUCUGCCCAAAGAAUCGGUGCAGAUCCUCAGGGACUGGCUGUACGAGCACCGCUACAACGCGUACCCCUCAGAGCAGGAGAAAGCACUCCUCUCGAAACAGACGCAGCUUUCCACACUGCAGGUGUGCAAUUGGUUCAUCAACGCACGGCGACGACUCCUCCCUGAAAUGUUACGGAAAGACGGCAAGGACCCCAACCAGUUCACCAUCUCCAGGAAGUGCGGCAAGGCAGCCGACAGCUUCUCUGACAGUUCCCAGUCGCCCAAACACAGCAGCGGCAGCAGCCCGGCUAGGGGCGCCCACGAUGAUGGCGGCUACGAUAAACGGGUCCUACACCCUUCCUGCUUUGAACCCGCCACGCCUGGCGUCCUGAGGAAGGCAGUGUCGCCCUCAUCCUCUGUGACCUCUCCCACCUGCACGUCCCCCACAUCGGGCACCCUGCCCACCCGGCCGUCUGUCAUCUGUCACACCACUGUCGCCAGCCCGACCGCUCUGCAACCGUCGCCACUGAACUCUGACAAGGCGACCGAGCGGCUGCAGGCGGCGCAGGCACUUCUCAGGUGUCUGGAUAAAGGGGCGGGCGCCCAUCUCACCGCCGGUGCUACCACAACCAUCCUGGAGGGAAACCUGAGCCCCCGCAGCGGGCUCUUCAACACCCCUCCCCCGACCCCACCGGACCUCACACAGGACUUCAGUGGCUUCCAGCUUCUGGUGGACGUCGCCCUGAAGAGGGCCGCCGAGAUGGAGCUGCAGGCUAAACAGUUAGUCUCCUAA